GAGAGGAUAUGGAGCAGAGCAUCAGCUCACCAUCAAGCCAGAGCAAACAUCAAACCUAUGGGGCUAGUGCUGCAGUUUCCAGACCUCAUCACCUCUCAAUGCACUUAAAGGAAGAAGAGGAGGAGGAUUGGCCUGAUCCUCCACCAUGGCCUGAGCCAGAAGAGGAGCAGCCUAAAGGCAUGUGUGAUGUCAGCCUGUUGAGAUAUGGGGGACUUCCUGCUCCACCCCCUCACUAUCAAAUGAAUCAAACUAUGGCAAUCAUGGAACCACCCAUGCCUGUCUCAAAGCCUCACCAGUCCAUGCAUUCUUCUGCUGAUGCAAAGAGCAUAUCCUAUCUUCAAGUGCAGCACUCAUCCCCAAUGUCUCAUCCUGUUCCAGCUCACCCUAACCCGGGAUCUCCGCCAGCAGCCACAAGGCCAGGGUACAGCCCACCCGCUUCCAACCUCCAUCCUCAAAUAAACAUCUCAGAACAAGUCUAUAGAGGCCCAAAACCUACAAUAUCCAAGUUCAAUCACCCAGAUCCAAGUGAGUUUGCAAGACUUCGGAUUGCUUUGGAGAAUUUACUUCCAUCUGACACCACAGAACUCUUCAAGUACCAGAUUUUGGUGGAUCACUUGAGACUAGAAGAAGCUAAAUUAAUUGCGGAUGCUUACCUGAAUUCACCCACCCCCUAUACUGACACCAUGAGAGCCCUCUACAACAAAUUUGGCCAGCCUCACCAGCUAGCUUUAAAGAAGAUC